AUGCCAUUUGAUGCCCCCGAAUCUCAGAUUAUGACCGCUUCCAACGACGAGGCUGCCUUCCCUUCCAUGGAAGACCCCUUCGUUUCAAAUGGCGGGAAGCCAGCUGCCCCCCGCGACGCCCACCGAUACUCGUCCUUCGACACGCAGCUGUUCAGCCUCAAUGCUUCUUCGCCAGCACAGGCCAAGCGGGCCCUUGAGGCCCAUCUGGCGGAAACGGAACGUCGACUGGAGGAGGCAUCGAAACUCGGCACGGCCCUUAUCGAACAACAGCAGCAAUUGUCGGAGCAACUGAAGGAGGUCGAGCAACAGCAGGAUGACGGGGAGAUGGGUCCGGCGUUGCGACGCAAGCUCGCAGAUUUGGAGAAGGAGUAUAAUGAAAUCGGCCGUGAGUCGGCGCGUGCAUUUUUGGGACCUAAGCGUCUUGCAGGUGGAGUAGAGGAGACCCAGAUUGGGACACCCUCGUUUGAUCAAAAGUCCCCAUUGAGCCCCGCUUUGUUCGCUAGUCAAUCGACCAACUCUCCAAGCAAAGUCAGUGUUCCUUCACGCAAGCAGCGCAACCAGCCGUCGAAUCGUGUCCACGACAUCGAAUUUGCGACUGAAAUCUCCACUUCGCUUUUGGCCCAGGUUCGCCAGCUGCAGGCCCUUCUCGCGGAACGAGACGAAUCACUCAAGUCUGUUAACUUGGAAAAGUCGCGACUUGAGUUGGAAGCAGAGGGCUAUGCGCAGCGAAUUCGGGCACUUGAUGACAGCGAGCAGCGCUAUAAGGACGAGAACUGGUCUCUCGAAACGCAGGCACACGAGCUGAUGGCAGCUGUUAGGGACGCAGCCGAACGUGAACAGAAACUCAACAGCACGCUGACUACGUCAACUGAGGAGAAGCAUGAGGUGGAGCGAGAAUUGGAGGAGCUCAGACAGGCCAACGCGAGGUUGCUUGAGGAUCAGAGCCUCAUGCAGAAGGCGAAUGAUGCCGAAAUCAAUCUUCUGCGUCGGAACCUGAACGCCGGCGACGCGGAAAAGUCUGCACUUCACAAGAAGCUUUUAGAAAUGACCUCCCAAAACCAAGAGCUUGCCAAGGCGGUUGCUAUGCGACUCCGUGACCAUGAAACCCAGGGCUCUCGGGCUGUUUCAUACAGCAACGAGGACGAUGAGCGUGAGCACAUCACCCCUGAAAGUUCUCCGCCGCCUUCUCCCAACAAGUUCACUCCUCGCCAUGGCCAUUUGGAAUCGGAGACUCUGAAAAGCUCGCUCGGACAUGCUCACCGCAUGAUCCAGAACCUGAAGAGCACCAUUCACCGUGAAAAGACUGAAAAGAUCGAGCUGAAGCGCAUGCUGCAAGAUGCUCGUGAUGAAAUUGAGACUCGCCGUCGCGAGAGCGCUGUGCCAAAUGCGGCUAGCAAACGCCAAAAGACCAAGACUGAUUCGUCCCGAAAGCCUCCACGUCCAGAACUUCUGGGUGCAGGCCGGAAGGAGAAGUCGUUCGUUGAACUCCACGAUACCGAUUGGGAAGACAACGCUGGUCAACCUAGCCCUACUCGGACCCACGUCACGUCGAGGCCUACUACAGCCCGCGCUCAGUCUCCGGAUGAACCCAGUGAUAUCUACCAGACUGCUACCGAGGCGGAAGACGGCUUUGAAACGGCUAACGAGCGGGCCACUGCAACCGAGAGCGAAGCAUUCCAAACCGGCCUCGAGAGCAUGGCAGACGAUAGCAGCGAUUCAGCGGAUCUCACCGAGACCGAGAACAACGUCCAGACAACUCCGCGCAACAGCAACAGAGUGUCCUCCAUCGUUAUGGCCAAGACGCGCAACCGCGACUCAUACCACAGCACAGCCUCUGCCUCGUCCGACGAGGAGGACUUUGACCGAGGAUUUGGAUCUCCAACACAGAUGCACAUCUCCCGGCCCCGUGUCAAGUCCAAGCGCAGCAUUUCUAGACGCAUUCGCCCAUCUGGAGAGGCUACAUUUGCAUCCACGAGCCGCCCUUCGAGUGCACACGAAUCCCUGGCACAAAGCUUUGAGCAAGCGCCAGCAUCCCAGGAAGGCCAGAGCCUAUUCGCUGAACUUGCCGAGCUUGAUAGCACUGAGGACGACGGAGAAGCAACUUCUCAGGCUUCAACCCCUCGCAUGGAACCCACUGCUGGUUCACGCAGGCCCUCGGAUGCAAUGCUGGACGCGCCGCCCAGACCCACCAUGGUGGAUUCCGGUGUUAUGACUGAACCUUGGGAGCCCUCAACCGUUGGCGCCGGCUUUGCUGCUGGCGCUGGUCUAAUUGCUGGAGCUGCUACUGGUGCUCUUGCUACUCAAGUCGCUGAGUCUGGAGACGGAGAGAUUGCAGAGGAUCCUCAGUCGGUCAGCUCAGGAACACAGUGGACUUCGCAAAAGCCUUCGCCUGCUGAUGGCGACCACAUGGCAAAUGUCGCUACCUCGCCUCAGAUGCUCUGGGAUGAGCAAGCGCAGCAAAAUGUCCUUGCUCAACACAACCUUCCAGAAAUGGGCAUGGCAGACGUGUCAUCUCAACAGACCAUGCCUCUUGCGCCCAAGCGACCUGAACUCAGCGUUUCUUACAUCAACGGAGGUAUCACCACUCCAGUGAAGUAUGAGCUGCCCACGCCGGAAGUGCCGGAAAUGACGAUAUCUUCGAUCUCAACCCAGACCACUCAUCCCGUUCUACCAAAGGUUCAUGUGCCUGAACCAAUCAUCAAACAUGUUGAUGUCAUCAAAUACGUUGAGCGUGAGCCGGAACUGCCCGAGUUGACCUUCUCCUCCAUCACCACCCAGUCCACUACACCUGCCAAAGCAACCCUUGCCGUGCCCGAGCCUGUCAUCCAGUACGUUGAAAUAAUCAAACACGUUGAGCGCGAGCGUGAAGUACCUGAAUUGAGCUUCUCGUCUGUUGCAUCUCAGUCGACUGCACCUGUGCACGCGGUCCAGGCUACUAUCCCUGUACCAGAGCCCAUUGUCAAAUACGUGGAUGUGAUUAAGCACGUUGAGGUUGAGCGAGAGCGUGAGAUCCCAGAGUUGACCAUCGCUUCCAUCGAGAAUCACUCUACUGUCCCCGUGAAGGCCAUUCUAGCCAAGGCGGAGCCCAUCAUCGAGUACGUUGAUGUGAUCAAGCACGUUGAGGUUGAACGAGAGCGUGAGAUCCCAGAGUUGACAAUCGCUUCCAUCGAGAAUCACUCUACUGUCCCCGUGAAGGCCACUCUAGUCAAGGCAGAGCCCAUCAUCGAGUACGUUGAUGUAAUCAAGCACGUCGAGCGUGAGCGUGAGGUGCCUAAAUUUACCAUCUCGUCCAUCGACAACCACUCCACUGCUCCUGUGGAGGCCACCAAGGCGGCCCCUGUCAUCGAAUACGUCGAUGUCAUCAAGCACGUCGAGGUUGAGCGUGAGCGUGAGAUUCCAGAGCUGAGCUUUUCUUUUAUCACCACCCAAUCCACUGCCCCCAUCAAGGCAGCUCUUCCUGAGCCUCAGCCGCCUGUCAUUCAAUACGUCGACGUCAUCAAACACGUUGAGCGUGAGCGGGAGGUGCCCAAUUUGACUGUCUCUUUGCUUGACCCUGCAUACACUGUGCCUAUUGUUUCGAAGCCCCGCGUUGUCCCUACGCCGGCACUGUCGUACUCCUCUGUGCGCUCCGUUGAAACCCAACCAGUGCGGUCUACACUGCGUGUCAUCCCUGCGGCUGUAGACUUCUCUACUCAGACCGAGCCGGAAUCAAAAGCAACCGGAGCUGUUGUGGCUGUGCAUGAAGACGAGCCCGCUAAUGCCACUCGCAGUCUGGACGGCGCAGGUAACAGUGAUCAGCUUAAUGGUGCUGGUCUGGCUUUGAACGACAUCUCUGGUAACAGUCUUGGUCGUGCUGCUAAACGGCUUUCUAGUUCCGUCAUCAUGGACCAGGGGUCUCAGACUAUUCUUUCCUCGAAGCAGAUUGACCAGAUUCUCUUGGAACGUUCCUCGCGCCCGCUAUCCUCGGACAGCCAGGUGACGGACCGCUCCAAGGAGAAUGCCUCGGUCACCACUACUGCGUCCUCCUACACACCUAAGCCCGCUGUUCGGCCUCGCCUCUCACAGAUACAGUCUACGAAGUCAACGCCCCGCCGACCUACCAGCGCCACCAGUCAAUUGUCCAAUGUCAGCACCUAUCCCCCGCUGCCUGUCGACCACCGGGAAGCCAUCAUGGCAGCCGAAAAGAAAUCCAUCGACGUGGCGCCUCCAUCCCCUACCUCUGUCAUGGGUCCACCUUUGGCACCCGCCUCUGCAUACCGCAUGAACUCCCAGCGCCCGUUAACGCCAAGCGAACAAGCUGCGCGGGCCGGAUCCGCAAGAACUGUUUCUUCCCAGGCCAAGAUGAGACGAGGAAGCCAGAGUCAAAUGUCUCGACGAUCCUCGGUGUCAUCAUUCGCAUCCGAGCUCGAAGAGCGUUUCAAUAUGAACCCCCAUGCCGGGCCCAUGCCACAGGGCUACGGGCCCAACACUGAUCCUCGCAUGAUCCAGGCUAUUACACAGACCAUGAUCGGCGAGUUCCUUUGGAAGUAUACUCGCAAGACUGGUUCAUCAGACAUGUCCUCGACACGACACCGACGAUACUUCUGGGUCCACCCAUACACCCGUACAUUGUACUGGAGUACACAAGACCCGCAAACUGCCGGAAAGAGUGAGAUCCGCACCAAGAGUGUGCCGAUCGAGGCUGUCCGAGUGCUCCCCGAUGAUAACCCAUAUCCCCCGGGUCUUCACUGCAGGAGCUUGGAGGUUGUCAGUCCUGGCCGACGGGUUCGGUUCACGGCUACGACGAGCCAGAGACACGAGACUUGGUUCAACGCAUUGUCAUACCUGCUUCUGCGGGAGACCAACGACAAAUGCGAAGACAGCAACAGUGUAACUCUCGACGAUAUCGACGAAUUCAACCCCCCAAGCUACAACUCUGGUACUCGCCAAACUGCCCGCAUGUCGUUCUCCUCCCACAACAGCCGCACGGUCCGCAAGCAGCAGCAGCGCGCCGCCUCGGCCAUGUCGAUGCGAUCCGCCGGAACUCCCGGCGGCCGAGCAUCGCCAGCACUGAGCUCCCCCGUGCCAAACUCUACGUUGCAAGUUCCCGACGGUCAACGCUCCUCUUCCCGACUGAGCACAAUCUCCAGCUCGAUCCGGGGCUCUAUUGCAAGCUUGAAGGGUCGACAUGGCCAAUCUCCCAGCAUGCACAACGAAAGUCUCCACGGCCAAGAAAGUGCCGAUGACCUCAGACAUGUCAUUGAGAUUCAAGAACAAGAUCGACUCGAGAAUGUCCGCGCUUGCUGCGAUGGAAAGCACGACGUUGGCUCCCUCUCUCGCACAAGUCGCUAUAGCCCGCGAGUCGAUCGCAUCCACUCACCCCAUCCUCACUGA